AUGGAUAUCUGCACGUCGUGGGCCACGAUCAAGCUGAAAUGCGACGCGGGGCUGAUCAUAACUGCAUCACAUAACCCGAAGGAAGAUAAUGGUUACAAGGCUUACUGGAGCAAUGGAGCACAGAUUAUCGGCCCUCACGACGCAGAAAUUAUUCGAAUUGCCGAAGCAGAACCAAAACCACGCGAUGAAUAUUGGGAUACAGAUUCGCUGUCAAGCAGUCCGCUUUUAAAAUCUGCUGAUGUGACCAUUGAUCCUUACUUCGAAGUUGAGAAAUGUCUCAUCUAUCAUAAAGAGAUCAACCAAAAAACUCCACUGAAAAUCACCUACUCAGCAUUCCAUGGUGUUGGUUUCCAUUACGCCAAACGUAUGCUUCAAGAGUUCGGCUUCCCCAUUGACCACUUUUUCUCAGUCAAGGAACAGCAAGAUCCAAAUCCUGACUUCCCAACCGUUCCAUUCCCUAAUCCAGAGGAGGGCCAUAAGGUAUGCUUUUUUCGUAUUAUAUGUACACAGCAGUAGCG